UGAGUCAUCAGAUUUCCCAUAUAGUCUGAUGCCAUUGCUUGCUCAAAUUCUAAUCUGGUGAUUCUUUUCGAUUUUUAGCCCUUUUGAUAAUGUUAACUUGAUGACACGAUAUGCAGUGCUCAAAUCUCACACUGUUUUCCUUGUUGGCUCCCAAACGCCUCGUGUAUCCCCAGCUGCUUGGUUUGAACAGCUUCGCAUCGCUUCACACCAGUCUGAUAGCCUUUACCCAGAACAAAGUGUCUGACAUGUUGAAAUUCUGCUACUUAAGGGGUAUGCCGAAAGCUCCUCCAACAUCUAUCUACAAACUUUACCUUGCACGACAAUUAAAACUUCUGGUGCUGGACACAUUCUUCAAUGGAAGUACCCGUUACACAACCGAAAACACGCUCUCUAACUGCCUCGAAGACAGCCGAGAGGUAACUUGGCAACGGGAAAUGAAAGCGGCUACUAUCGAUUGGAGCGCUGUGAAAUCCUCACGUCUUCCUCGGUUAGGCCCACGUGAUUCUUCUGGUGCCGGAGAAGAUGGCACGCAAAUGAUCCCGAUGAAUGGCGUCAAGCUAGCUGAGGCAGCCAAACUAUGGAAAACUCAGGUGACAGAAGCGGAAAAGCAGGCGCUUGCUGUAGACCUCAAGGAAGUGGAAGCGACUUUCAAGAAACAACUCAUGGCUUGGGCCGAAUCGAACAACUUAACUGCAUCAGAGUCCCCGAAGGAACUCGCCCAGGCUUAUUGUGAAGCUAAUGGAAUUUUCCCUAACCCGGGAUCCAACUUUAUGGUGAAUCCUGAAUAUCCUCUCUCAUCCUCCUUUCAGACCACCGAGCUGCUAUCCAGUUCUCGGCCAUCUCUCGACGACACAUCCACCCAAGACCCGCUCCGCCUUUGGCUUGGUGGGUUGCCUCCGAAGACUACCGAAUAUGCAGUACUGCAACUGACACGUCAGUUCGGUCAGUUGGCUGAUUUCUACUUUCCGGUACACAAAUUUGGUGAUGCACGUGGUUCCACGGUAGGCUACUGUUUCAUCACCUACAAGUCGCUUGAAGACGCAGAAAAGGCCCUCAAAGGGUUGGAUGGUCUGAAUUUUCACGGCUACACAUUGGUUGCUCGCCAGGCUCAUCCCACGCGCGAUGAACUUACCAUGAUACAGCUUGCAAACAAAGAAGCUAUGGGUUUGUGGAUUGCUGAACAAGCUAAGCUCCGUGAGGCUGAGCUAGCUGCUCGCUUAGCGCAGGUUCCAGACCAAACCAGUGGAACUCAAGAUCCCUCGGUGGAUACAAUCAAACCGGCCCCAACUAUCACCCCCACAUUGUUAGUUCCCAUUUCUUUUGCCCACUCGAAUUUUCACGGCCACACAUUGGUUGCUCGCCAGGCCCAUCCCACGCGCGAUGAACUUACCAUGAUACAGCUUGCAAACAAAGAAGCUAUGGGUUUGUGGAUUGCUGAACAAGCUAAGCUCCGUGAGGCUGAGCUAGCUGCUCGCUUAGCGCAGGUUCCAGACCAAACCAGUGGAACUCAAGAUCCCUCGGUGGAUACAAUCAAACCGGCCCCAACUAUCACCCCCACAUUUUCUCCUUUGAUUUCUAACACGGACGUCGCCACCGGAACUUCAAACGCUACCUCUUUUCGGCCGAUCGGAUCAACCAGUCCCUCUGUAAUGUUAGGUACCUCUGGUUGCAAGGCAACUACAUCUUCAGGGGCCGACAAACGGGCGCAAAUACGCAAAAUUGAGUUGGCCCUAAGACAGCUGGAGAAUGCGCCAAUCGGCGGAGUGGCCUUACUUCGACCUAGCUCAGCAACUCAGCGCUCACUCAUUCCUCCAGGCAUUCUAGCCAGUCGCUCUACUGAGACCUCCCUGCACAGUCGAAUGGGGUCAGGGCUGAAACGAACUUGUUCAGGACUCUCUACCUUCGGCAGUCGAUCUGGGUCGAACUGGGGACAACGACGACAGCGACAAAGAAGAUUCUGACUUUUGGGAGUUAUUUUUCUACUUUUCCAACUGUCUUUCAAAACCCCAUAGACUAUGUUAACUUUACCUGUCGCUUACAUGAAAUCGCCUCCGUUUCUUCUCACUGUGAAUAAACCCUUGAACGGCG